AUGCCGAGCUCCUCCCAGAGCCCUCAGAAUGGCACCUGGACAGAGCCCAUCUCCCUGCUUUUAGGUCUUGGCGUCACCCCCUACUUGGGCUACUACUGGAGAUAUGUGCCCCUGUUGCAGAGGCCUCAACUGGUGACUGGGUCCUGGUUUCUGGCCUUCCUGGAGCAACACUGUCCAGUCACUCUGGAGACUUUCUACCCUACGCUACGGUGUUUUGAGGGACGGCUACAAACCGUCUUCCGAGUGUUACUGCAGUCUCAGCCUCCAGUCCCUUACUGGAGUGAAGUCCUCCACACCCCAGAUGGAAGGUUUCUGCUAGACUGGGCCGGCCGGCACGGCAGCAGUCAGUACCCUGACCCUACUACCCAGCCCAUUGUAUUACUGCUUCCUGGUAUCACAGGCAGUAGCCAGGACUCCUAUAUCUUCCAACUGGCCAACUAAGCUCUGAGGGAUGGUUAUAGAGCUGUUGUAUUUAAUAACCGGGGCUGCCGUGGGGAAGAACUGCUCACCCACAGGGCCUUUUCUGCCAACAAUACUGAAGAUCUGGAGACAGUCGUGAACCACACAAAGCACCGCUACUCCCAAGCUCCACUGCUGGCCGUGGGCAUCUCUCUUGGAGGGGUACUAGUGCUGAACCACCCAGCACGAACAGGGCAGGCUUCGAGGCUGGUGGCGGCACUGACUCUAUCUGCGUGCGGGGAUUCCUCUGAGACCACCCGCUUCCUGGGGACCCCACUCCACUCACUGCUCUUCAAUCAGCGCCUCACUGCUGAGCUCUGCCACAUUGUGAACCGACAGGGUCUUGGCAAAAACAGAAAGGUGAUGGAAAAGGUUGGGAACGUAGACUUCGUGCUACAGGCCCGCACAAUCCACCAGUUUGAUGAGUGCUAUGCAACUGUGGCCUUUGGAUAUCAAGACUGUGUUACCUACUAUCAAACAGCAAGCCCAAGAACCACGGUAGAUGCCAUCCAGACCCCUGUGCUCUGCCUCAAUGCAGCUGACGACCCCUUUUCCCCAAUCCAAGCCCUUCCCCUACAGGCUGCCCAAUGCUCUGCCCACGUGGCACUGCUCAUCACAGCCCGGGGUGGCCACAUUGGCUUCCUGGAAGGGCUGUUCCCCUGGCAGCACUGCUACAUGACCCGCCCCUUACAUCAGUACACCAAAGCCGUCUUCCAGCCCUCGGCGGAGCUGCUCAACCUCAGCGGUCUCUUCCCCUUCCAAGAGAGGCAAGAGCUGACAGGAGUACCACCAGGGUCUUAAUUCAGUCUUCGCUUAUU